AUGUCGACCUUCGGCUCGAUCUUUCGCGUGUCGACGUACGGCGAGUCCCACGGCAAGUCAGUCGGCUGCAUCGUCGAUGGCGUGCCCCCAGGCCUCCAACUCGAUGAAUCCGACAUCCAACCCCAGAUGACACGUCGUCGGCCAGGCCAAUCAGCCCUUACAACGCCCCGAAACGAGAAGGAUCGCGUGGAGAUACAGUCUGGAACGGAGUUUGGGAUAACCCUUGGCACGCCAAUUGCCCUGCGCGUGCUCAAUGAGGAUCAGAGACCCAAGGACUAUGGCAGCAAGACGAUGGAUCAUUUUCCAAGACCGAGCCAUGCGGAUUGGACGUACUUGGAGAAGUACGGCGUCAAGGCGAGCUCUGGCGGUGGCAGGAGCAGUGCUAGGGAGACGAUUGGGAGGGUUGCUGCUGGGGCUAUUGCGGAGAAGUACCUACGAGAAGCACACGGGGUGGAGAUUGUCGCUUUCACGAAUAGCUGUGGCCCAGAGGCUUUGUUCCCUGCGACGAGAGAGCAUCCUACGCCGAGCACGAACCCGGAGUUUCUUGAGUUGAUCAACAAGGUGACGAGGGAGGAUGUGGAUAGCUUCUUGCCGGUGCGGUGCCCCAAUGUGGAGGCCAACAAGAGGAUGGAGGACCUCAUUGCGGAGUACAGGGACAAGCAGGACAGUAUUGGCGGCACGGUGACGUGCGUGAUCAGGAAUUGUCCUAGUGGGUUGGGAGAACCGUGUUUCGACAAGUUGGAGGCGACUCUGGGACACGCCAUGAUGAGCAUACCGGCGACGAAGGGCUUCGAAUUCGGCAGUGGCUUCGGCGGCACCGUCAUUCCCGGCUCCAUCCACAACGACCCCUUCAUCAAAGCACCGGUCCCCGCCGACGCCGACGCCAGGAAGAUCCACGGCCACGGACGCCCACCCAAGCCCCGCCUCACGACCAAGACGAACAACUCAGGAGGCAUCCAAGGCGGCAUCUCCAACGGCGCACACAUCUACUUCACCGUCGCCUUCAAGCCCCCAGCGACCAUCGGCCAAGCCCAAACGACCGUCUCCUACGACGAAGAAGAAGGCGUCCUCGAAGCCAAGGGCCGCCACGACCCCUGCGUCAUCCCGCGAGCCGUUCCUAUCGUAGAGAGCAUGGCCGCGCUGGCCAUCAUGGACGCCGUGAUGCUGCAGAGCGCGAGGCAGAGCGCGCGGAGUCUACUGCCCGUACUGCCGGGCAAGACGAUCCCUGUCAGCGAGACGGAGAAUAAUCUGACGGAGAAGGCGAAUGGUCAUGCUUAG